AAUCCAAGCAUUUAAUGUGUUUAAACCUACUUGCUUUUCCCAAAUUAUAUAUAUACACCUCUUUCCAUCCAAGACCACACCUCUUCCCAUUCUAACCAUUUAUAUUAACGUACGGUGUAAGCUUCAUAUAUACCCAAAUAUGGCUCAAAAUUCCGAAAACAGGUCCAUGACAAUGUUCACUCCAAUUGCGGAACUCAACCGCGAUAAGAAUUCUUGGAUUCUCAUGUUGAGGGCUAUUCGGGUUUACUUCGUUCCUAAAUGGGCGAAAGGUGGAGAUUCCAUGAAGAUUGUCUUUCACGAUGAACAUGGAACUAGGAUUCACGCACAUCUUGCUCGAGAGGAAAAAGAGACGUUUGAAACGCAAAUCAUUGAAGGUGGCAUAUAUGCUAUUCGAAAUGUUUUUGUCCAUGACAACUAUCAAAGAUUGAAAACUGGUAGCAAUGAUAAGCUCUUGGGUUUUUUCAAAAGGACCGAAGUGAAAACUUUAAGUCGAAAUAAUUUCCCCCGGAUGAUGUUCGACUUGAAGCCAUUUCCAAUUCUUCAAAGUCAACCAUGUUUGAAUGAUCAACUUCUGAUUGAUACCUGUGAUACCUCUGUUGAGUGGAAUGAGGAAGUUUACCAAAACAGAAACAAUCUCUUCCAUGCAUGAUUCAGCAAAUGAAUCAGAUAAAGGAGGAAUUGGAAGUUUAGAUGAUCCAUGCUACAAGUGCAAAAGUAACGAAGAUUCACUUGAUAU